AUGGCGACAGUGCUCCCCCCCCGCGCCACCGUUAUCCAGCCGAUCUCCGAGGAGCCGCUCGGGGCUCAGAGCCACAGCCCAUCCCCCGGCCACGGAGGACCUGUGUCGAAACGGCAGGCUGUCCCACCGCGCCUGACCCAAACACGGCCCUCAUGCCCUCCCCUUUCCCACCGGUCCCCGCUCACCACCCUGGCGCUGCACCGCCGCACACAGGCUACACCUUCCUCCUUCCCGCCGCGCUGCGGACUAAGGCUGCCACUCGUCUCUGAGCAAGGACACCCGGGGCACGACACGCCAGCCGCCGCCAUCGCCCGAUCGCGCAGCCAAUGGCGAGGGCCCGGCACAUCCAGCCCGCGCCGCGUCACUCACUGCGUCGCCGGGGCAACCACCCGGCGAACGCCGUACAGCUCGAAACUCGAUCUGGAGCAAGGAACACGCCAUCUCGCCAUAAACUACCCACCAAUGGGCCACCGCACUCCCCUCUUCUUAUUUCCUGAUUGGGCAGCAGGAUGCGGCUUAUUUACAUAUACUGAUCAACCGACAGGCCGGCUGUCUCGAGUUGCACACCCGGUGUUCACUCCCUCUUGCUGCUCACGGGAGCCUUGCUCUGCAUCUCCUGUUGGCAGCUGGCAGGUGCCACUCAAGGGGGAGCGAGGCGCUGCUGGGCACAGGCCUCCACAAGAUGGCUGCCACCGCCUCCGCUGAGGAGAGCCGCGCGGCACGCUGAGAGGAGGGGCGUCCGCCGACAGCACCCGGGAGAGUACAGCGGAGCGAGGCGGUAGCGGCGCCGCCGCCAUGGGGGAGCGGGGUGGCAGGGAGAGCGAUAGCGACAGCAACGAGACCGUCGUGGAGGGCUCUGUGACAGAGAGUGAUGUGGAGGAAGAGGAGCUCCGUAGGAGGAGAUGGUAACGCGGUGUUCCUCUGUGCUGCUCGUACUGAUACCGAAAAGCCGGUCGAAGAAACUCUCCAAGACUCGUUUUGGAGUUUUAGAAAGCAGGCAUUCUUUAUUGCAGCGCUGGAUGCACGGGGGAUAAUUCCACCUAGUGUGCAUGCCACAGCUUCAGCACUAACAGGUUAUAUAGAAUAACUAAUUACAUAUUAAUCAGAUUAGUAUACAUAUACAUAAAAAUGAUUGCAACUGAUUAU